CCUGGCUGGGCUCUCUGGAGAAAACUAUGGCCCUGGGAAGCCCAGCAAGGGGGCUGCCGGAUGCCCUGGAGGCUGGACCAGCCAUCACACCCAGAGGCCUGGAGCUGGAUUGUACUCUCAGGGAUCCUAGACCUGGGUUUACAACAGUGUCUCCGAGACCCGAAUCCUGCCGGGGGGCAGAGUCUGACGCUGCAGGCCUGCCCUGCCCAUGAACCGUAGGAGACAGCGGCUCUCCACUCUGCCCCUCUCAUCUUGCCACCAACGUGGCUGCCCUGCCAGCCAAGAUGGGCCCUUGCUGAACCACCAGGCUGGGGUCACGCUCUGCCUGGCAGCCCCCGGCACACCGCACUCCCCAGCGCUGCGACUGACGGCUCCUCCACAUGCUCCCAUCUCCUCAGACCCGCUGACACACACAGCCACGCAUCCUCUCUCUUCCUCUGACUCAGACACUGCUCAGCUCCACGGCUGUGCGUAGCCAGUCUCUCACAAGCUUCUGCUGGCUGGGAAACGCCAGGCAGAUGCUGGGCUAGCCGGCCACUGCAACAGGUAAACAGCUCUCUCUCCAUCGCCCCCUCCUCGCUGCUCUGCCUGCCCCCCGCAGCCCUGCUCCCUCCCCUUUCGCCCCCUCCAAUUCAGCGGGUGCUGCUGAGCCCUUUGGAGAAGAAAAAUAACUCCAGCUCCCGCCGGCCGCCAAACCCUGGCACGAGCCGGCGCCCUCUGCUUCCCAGCCAGCCAGAGAGAGGAGGCGCCCGUCGCAGUUUGGAUACCGUCGGAGCAAGAUCUGUCGUCCCGCUACGCGUCUCGGUCCGGAGGGCGUCCCACAAGCAAAGGGGCCAUCCCCAGAGGAGAACCCAGAGGGGAAAGGAUGCGCUAGGAACUCAGCCAGCGGCCCCAUGCCUGCCCGCGACCAGUCGUGCGGCUGCAGCCGGGGACCCAACGUGGAGCGUGGGAAGUGGUACGGGGUCCGCUCCUACCUUCACCUCUUCUACGAGGACUGCACCGGUGCCGGUCUGGCUGAUGACGUGACCGAACCCCCACUCUCCCGUGCCCAUGGCGGAUGGCCCUCCCUCGUCUGGAAGGUGAGUCUCUCAGCGGGAAUGCUGCUCUUGCUGAUUGGAGCCGCAGCGCUGGCCACAGGGUACCUGGUGCCCCCGAAGCUGGAGGGCAUCGGCGAGGAAGAGUUUAUGGUGCUUGACCUGCAGGCGAUGGCCUAUAACCAUGCCCUGGUGACCUGCAGACUGGUGGGCGCUGUCCUGUGCGCCAUGGCCGGGGCCCUGGGGGCGGCGGGCGCCCUGGCGUGCGUGCUGGGCAGGGCUGCGCGAGGGGGCGAGGAAGAGGAGGAGCAGCAGCUAUCGCCCAUUCUGCGGGACAGCCCCCUGAAGAAGCACAGCACCAUCAUCAUGCCACCGGCAGCAGCAGGAUCACCGGCUGUGCCCUUCGGCACUUCGCAGAUACAAAACAUACAGCCAAAGAGGGACACACAGCGCCCCCUCCUGUCCCCCUCCACCACCGCACCCACUCCCUGAAGCUAAGAGCUCUUCUGUCUCCCCCGUGUUACUGCCACACCCGAUUAACAGCCCCACUGCCCCUGGCUCUAAGGAGCCCCGACGUGUCACCAUUCAGCGCUAGCAGGAGGAAGGUGUGUGCAGCCCCUGGACCCCUUCCUGCUGCUUCAUCUGCAGAACCUGGGGAGGGGUGUGGCCUGGCCCCCAUGUGAGAAGAUCUGAGAACUGCUGGAGGUGUCUUCUGGCCAGGCCACCUGGCUCAAACCCGAACAGAAAUGCCCCUGACUCAGUCUUUAAGCCAAUAGGAUCAUUUCAUGCCACAUCAUCUGGAGGCGGGGCUACAACUGCAACCUAUCAGCAAGAAGGAAACUGCGUUCGGAGGUAGAGAUGGAGUGCGAUUGGCCAUCGCCUAAUGGACAAAGUCCCAACUUUUCUGUGGUCCACCUUCCUCUGCCCUGCUUCCUGGUCAGCUGUAACCGAUGAAAGUGUCUGAGUACUGGUCCAGCAAUGUCCUCCUUCCAUGCUGGUUCAAUAAAGAUACAAAGAAA